AUGAGCGAUGGUGAUCUGGCACUCGAGUAUUCACGGCUGGAGCACCUUUACCCCGAGGACCCUACAGCGAGGGUGGAAGUAGAGGGUACAACGAGCGAGGCUGGUCUCAGGGAUCACGCCGGAGACCUACUCAACAAGAUCUUUAACGAUCGAGAGGAUGACGAGUCAGCUACCUUGAGGCCGAUUAUAUUCGUCGGUCAUAGUUUGGGCGGGAUUCUCAUUAAGAGAAUGUUCUUUGCAACGCCACAUUGGGGCAUCGAUCGGUCGUCAUGGAGGGACUUCCUCCGCCAUGUAUUGCAGUACGAUGCGCCAGUCCCAGAUGCUGAACCCACAGGGAAGAUGUUGAGGGAUCUUAAGGAAAAUAGCGGUACCAUCUUGGGCAUAUCCAGUGACUUUAAGCCUCUACAUGGAGAUUUGGCUUUUGUGACAUUUAUGGAGGAUAGGCCAAUGAAGGGGCUCAAGUACGUCCUGUUAGAUGAGGGCCGCGGAGCCAUGCGCGCGCCUACAGAACGCGUGCAGAACUUGUCUGGGGACCACGUUGAAAUCUGCAAGUUCGGAAAAGACGACGAUAGUAAAGAUGCCUUCCAAACGGUUCAGGAUGAUAUUGAAUGGCUGAUUGGGCAGAAACCAAAAGCGAUAGCACGCGGCGAUCUUCAGGCACUGCUACGGGCGACCCUUCAUCAGGCGUUGCGGCUUGUACCUGACCUAGUCACGAAGUAUCUUCUUCCGAGGUUUAAAAAGGCGCAGGAACGAGAGGUCGGUGACCAGGAGAUCUGGACAGCGGACACUCUGAGAGAUGUUUGGCCUGAUGCUAUGGCCGAGGUCACGGCGCGUCGUGAUCUGGUGGUCGUCAUUGAUGGGUUUGACGAACUCCGGAGAAAAUGCCAGGAAGCAUUUCUGGACUGCCUUGAGAAAUUCGAGAAGAUAUCUCCAACCCCCCCAAAACUCAGAUUGCUAGUGCUGUCCCGUGAAAGUCAUGGAAUUGAGUCGCUGCCUACUCGGUUUGUUGAGGCAUUUGAGACGUACACAGUGAAGCCCGAGGAUACUAGAAAGGAUAUCCUAAAGACCGUGAAGGCGGGGAUGGGCUAUAUCUGGAACCGUGUGGCAGGGAAUACCGCAUAUCUUGAUCGAGGAGAGACAUGCGAGACCAUCGUUGAACGUUCGAAGGGGAGGUACCUAUGGGCGACGUUGGUAGUCGAGGAAUUGAACCGGACACGCGUCAUCAACGAGAUUCAAAUACAAAGGAUAAUCCAGAGCGCUCCGCAAGACAUCACAGGGCUUUACGGUCGCAUUUUAGAAAAGAUGUGCGAGAAAAAACAGACCAGAGUGUCAUUCAUCAAGCAGGUUCUGCUAUGGGCUGUUUUCCAACAAGAAAGACUCCAAGUGGCCGGCUUCAACAUCGGCAAAGCCUUGGGCAUGGCUAUGGAGAUGUACCCCCGAAAGAAAAUUACUAGCCAGGAGGCGGAGGAAUUCCUUGACGGGAAUGUCGAGACCAAGGUUGAUUUAUAUUGUGGUCAGCUUGUCCAGUUUCGGCAUGGGCGCCUAGAACUGGUUCACAGGAGCUUCAAGGAGUACCUUCUCAUGGAUCUCCCAAAGAAAGCUAGCAAACCCUUCCUCGGGGGGCUUUACUUGGGCUGGGAGCAUUCUCACGCAACGCUCGCAAAUAUCUGCAUCGCAUACUUGACCUUACCCUAUUUUGAGGACUCUGGAACCUCACUAGAGGCUGGGCGGAUGGAUCUAUGGGAGUCUAAGGUGCGUAGAAGGAUCUGGAAGCAUCCGUUUGUGAGGUAUGCUUCGCUCUACUGGUACAAGCAUCUCAGUGCGGCGGGUAAAGCCUGGCCUGGUAAUGGCAACCGCCAAGUUAAGGAGGAACAAAGGCAAAUGCUAGAGGACGCCACAACGGGAUAUGCGAAGUGCUGGACGGAAGUCUGGUGGUUUUACACGAGAGGGCCUACCCAAGUGUAUCCACAAGAGCGUCUCGCCAGGAAGAUAAUCUCUAUGUCAAAGCCUUCCAUAGCGCUCAAAGAGGAACCGGCAACGGCUUCUCCAUCCGAAACGAAGAAACCCACGGGGGCAGAAAAACCGCCCAGUUUAUCUCGAGACAAGCCAUCCGUUGUGGGAAAUUCUCCCGCCGAGUCAAAAACUGCAAACGCACCCGUCGCCUCACCUAUCCCCGAAGCACGUCCAGAGUUCAUGCCGAGAGGCAAAGCAGAUAGAGUUGACGCAGUCAAACGCGAGUCAUCCAACACCCCUAAACGGCAACACCAAUUCUCAGAAAGCCCAAAGUCUGUGCCAACAAGCCCCGCGCAGUCCAGAAGGGACCCAUCCCUGAACGAAGCUCCCAGGAAGAAACAACUUCAAGAUACUCUGCCCAAUAACAACGAGCCACCCUGGGAUAAGGAGUCCAAGACGGAGCCGCCCAAAGUAAGGCCCCCGCAGGAAACAUCUCCCGAAGCCGGAAAAGGCAAGCGCCCGGGUUGGUGGGCCCGAGUGAAGAGAGCAGGGACAUCUUUCGUGUACGAGGCAUUGGAUUUCGAGCCAUGA